AUUGAUGAUCCGCGCGUGCGACUGCCCACGCGCCUCCGCCCGCCGUCCGCCGCCCGCCGCUCGUCGAUUUCAGUUCAGCUCGGAAGGUCAAGGAGGGAGGACGUUAGUGCAGAGAGUUGGAUCAUCAUCGAGUGUCUCACAAACUGAAGUUUUUAGCCAUGGAGCGCAGACAGCCGAAGCCGGCCAAGCCGAUGAGCGAGCUGAGGAAGAUCAGGAAGCCGAUCAUGGAAAAGAAGAGACGCGAGCGCAUCAACAGUUGUCUGGCCAACCUGAGGGACAUGCUGAUCGACGAGAACGCCGUGCAGAGACAGGGCCCGAAGCCGUCUAAACUGGAGAAGGCCGACAUUCUGGAGCAGACUGUGGCCCACGUGCGCGAGCUGCAGGCUCGACUGCGUCUGGGGGCCGCCAGCACCGCGCCGGUGACUCCAAGCCUUGCAGACUCGUACCGCGCCGGCUACCAGCGCUGCCUGCAGGUGGUGCGCUCCUUCAGCGGGAUGGCCGACGGGCCCGGAGCGCUGCCGAGACUCGUUCUCAGCCUCGAGCAGGGCCUCGAUCAUCUCCAGUCGCUCGGAGCCGGGAUCGCAGUCGGAAGUGGAGGAUCUGGAUCCACCUACCAGCCGCCCAGCCCUCACAGCCUCGCCUCAGAGUCGCCGAGGAGUGACGCCAGUCCGCGGGAUGGAUGGGCGGCGGCGGCGGCAGGAGCCGGAGACACGGAUGCCGCCCAGUGGAGCAGUGUUGACUGCGAGUCCUCGGACAGCUCGGCGGAAGAAUCGGACGUGCUUGACCUGACCUCACACGCUGCCGAUGGUCGCGCGGCCGGCGACGCUGUCUGGAGGCCGUGGUGAGGAGGAGGGUCGCGAAAAGGCCGAACUCAGAGAGCGCUGUGAGAUGAGAGACACCUUCCGGGUGCCGCUAGUGCUGUAUAUAUAUUCUUAGUGGUCAGGCCGAUCCGGCGACUGCGUUAGUGUUUGUGGUUCAUGUCCCGAGAGCGCCGAUUCUUGAGCUGAGGUGGCUGAGAUGUCCCCAGCAGGUGCUAUCCAAAGACAAUCAUCAAGUGCAUUGAUAUUGAAAUGGAUACAAUCAGUUGUGUACGUUAAGAUAAUUUCACAUGUAUAGUUCCAUCAUGAUAAUCAACCAGUGUCUUCUUCAUUGUGUGUAACUUAUCCACUUUUAACUUAUCAUCUUUUAAUCUUAAUGAUUCUUUUGAUGUCGCUUUGCGAGGCAAGACUAGUCCACAGUGACUCGUCUUGGCAUUAUUCGGUGCAUGCCCUUUCCUUCUUGUCUUGCAUAGCAUGUUUUCCCAAUUGACGAGCAUUGUUACAAAUGUGAUACGCAUGUGCAAAGACAAUACAUAAUUAUGAAAAGC